UUCCUAAGAAUGUCUGAUAGUUCGGAUCAGCUGUCACCGCCGAACAGCGACUGUAAUAGUCAAAUGGGUGGCUUGCAUCGGAACACUGCUGCCGGACAAUACAGCAAUUCUUCGAUGUCAGCCCUUACACUGAGCCAUCAUGCACAACCACAGAAUUUAACGCCCACGUCGGACGGUAGUCCACAGUAUCCCCAAGAAUUGUCCACCUGCAGCUCGUCGAACGUAUCUACGAAUAUUGGAAAUAUCGGUGGACUUUCACUCGGUACAACCAUCAGCAAUUUUACACCCGAACAAAUAUCCUGCAUGUGCGAAGCCCUGUCGCAGAGUCAAGACAUCGAGAAACUUACUAGGUUUCUCUGGUCGUUACCACCCGGUGAGCUGCUGCGUGGCGGCGAGAGCGUUUUAAUGGCUCGGGCGGCGGUAGCAUUUCAUCGUGGUGCCUAUCACGAGCUCUACUCGAUCCUUGAGAGUCAUCCGUUUUCGCCGCGACGGCAUCCAGAACUUCAACAAAUGUGGUACAAAUCGCAUUACCGCGAAGCCGAAAAGAUUCGUGGUCGUCCUUUGGGUGCCGUCGAUAAGUAUCGACUUCGAAAGAAGUAUCCAUUGCCAAAGACGAUCUGGGAUGGCGAAGAGACCGUCUAUUGCUUCAAGGAACGAUCGAGGAAUGCUUUGAAGGAGUGCUACAUGAGAAACAGGUACCCGACGCCCGACGACAAGAAAAACUUGGCCAAGAAAACGGGCCUCACGUUGACCCAGGUCUCUAAUUGGUUUAAAAAUCGAAGACAAAGGGAUCGUACGCCGCAAACCAGAUCGGAUAUGCUGCCACUAAAUUGUCAAAGCACAACGAACAGUACAAUAAGUAAUUCGGUGAGCAACGGAGGCAACAUGCAAUCAUUGCAGAGUAUCGAUUCGGACAGUCCGAAUUUAGCGAUGUCACCUUUAUCAACGAUGGGUAUGUCGCCAGCAGCAAUGAAUCCAUGUAGUCCAAUGGGUAUGAGUCCUAUGGGGCCUCAUCAUCAUGGAUACGCGACUCCUGUAACGCCGUCCUCCGUACACACGGCUCAUCCACACAAUGGUGGUUUAAGUCCGAUGAACGACGUUAAAGCGUUAUGCUAUGGUCGUAGUGUUUACGACAGCGGUAAAGACGUCGAACAGAGUUCGGUUUAUUAUCCCAGUCAUACCAGUAUGCAUCAUCAAUAUUAUCAACAAACCCAUCAUCAAAUGAUGUCCGGUUCUCAUCAUCAUCAUCAUCAUCAGCAGGGCAUGCCAACGGGCUACGAAAUUAUGUUACCUCCGCCGCAACAUUCCAUGUGACCAACGGAUUACGAUGGCGAACGAAACGAGCAAGGUCAUCACGGACCGAAUGACGAUUCCUUGGCUCGUAUUCACGCCUUUGCCUGAUUUUUCGUGUUCCAAAGUUUUUCCAUUGGUGUAUCAUCAUCAUCAUCAUCAUUAUCAUCAUCAUCAUCCUCAUCAUCGUCGUCAUCAUUAUCAUCAUCAUCAUUGUGUAAUAUCGAAAGGACAAAUUUUCUUCGAUCGUCGAUUUUCGUCACGUGGGGGAAAAAAGAAAAAAAAAAAAAAAAAAAAGAAUCAUUGAUACCGACGACAGACAAUACACACAUUUGAGAUAUUUUUUUAACUCGCUAUCCGUAGCAAACGGCGGAUCAACUAUCGUUCUUAAUACUGACGAUAAAAAAAAAAAAGGGAAAAAAAAAGAAAAAAGAAAAGGAGAAGAGAAAAAAAGGAGAAAAAAAGGAGAAAAAAAAACAAAAAAAGAAAAGAAAAAAAAACGAAAAAAAGAAAACGAAAAAAAAGGAACAAGAAGAAAUUAAAGAACGAUUCGACUCGUCACUUAAAAACUGUGAUUACCAAAUCGGUGCGGUACCAACCAAUUUUUUCGAAUUGAAGGGCCUAAACGUAUCUUAUAAUAAAUUAAAUAGCGAUUGGUGCAUUGAAAAUGCAUUUAAAUUGUGCAAAAGAACAUCGGCCAUCUUUGCAAGGAACGUGAAAUAAAUGAUUUAACCAAUGGGAGACCGAGGCAAUAUCCAUUAAAUAUCAGGGAGGAGCUCGAAAACUGGUUUUACCCGUGCGCGCACGCACGUACGCACAUACAUACGAUGCACACACACACACGCACACGUACACACACACACACACACACGCGCACGCACGCACGCACGCACGCACGCAAGCAAGCAAGCACACACAUACCACACAUAAUUCUUUAAUUUACUUUCGAGAUAUCAUGGCGUGUAUUAGAAAAAUCCUGCUGUGUAAGUAAAUUUUAACGAACGACGGAUAUGAUUCGCGAUAGCCGUAAUACUUUGAUGAAUUUUUAAAAAUACUUCUCGUCGAAUUUUUUUCUUAAAUAGAGUAUUCUAUGUCACAUCGAGUUAGUACAUACAUACUUAAUGAACUAUAUCAUCGAAGUGAUAGAAAAAUUAAAAUCAAUUACGAUUAUAACGGACAACAAGAAAAAAAAAAUAAGUAAAUAAAUAAAUAAAUAAAUAAAAAAAUAAAUAAAUAAAUAAACUAGUCGAAUUUUAUGAAAUUCGUGUAGUAAUUUCCAUAACGCGAAGCGUACGUUAAAAAAAAAAAAAAGAAAAAAAAGAAAAAAAAAGGCGUUUAAAUUUCAAAAAAAUCAACAACGAUCCAUAACAGUUUAUUGCCAGAAUAAAAACGUUUAACGUUUUUUUUAAUGAUAUUUAACGAUAUAUUUUCAACAUAGUCCGCACAAUAUCUUUUACUUUUUAUAAAUAUCAAUUUAUAUAUCAUGUAUCUCUGUAGUACCUUGCUUUGAACGGAUUAAAUUAAAAUUGCAUACAUAUGUGUAUAUAUAUAUAUAUAUAUAUGUAUGUAUGUACGUAUGUAUGUAUGAAUCGACUAAAAAGAAAUAUAUUUAUGUUGAACUUACAAAUACGAUUCCGACGUAACACGCUGUAGCAGUGUGUGGAAAUAAGUAUGAUGAUCAUCGAAAUUACUGUUAAAGACGAACUUCUUUUAUUUUCCAAUAUUCCUAUGUAUAUAAAAAAAAAAAGCAUAUAUAAUAUUCUAAUGAUAAUGUAUGUAAUGUAUAUAAUGAGAGAAAGUAUCUGUGUAUUCCCCAAAAUUAGUGAUUUUUAAUAAAUAAAAUGUAAUUCGUACUGAGAGAUCUUCUCAGAAUUAAUUCAAAGGAAAAAAAAUAUGUAUUAUUUCUUAUCUUUGUAGGAUAGUCGAUCGAACACAUAAAAAAAAAAAAAAAAAAAUAAAAAAUAAAAAAUAAAAAAGAAAGGAAAAAAAAGAAAGAAUUACAAAAGGAAAUAACCUUAAGUCGAUUUUAUAAAGCACGAGUUUAGAAAAUAUUAAAAACCAUUGAUUACUUAUACUUACCGUAUGUAUUAAAAUGCAUACAGAUAAGUUUCUCUUUUGCAAGAUAACAGGGUAAACAAAAAAAAAUAAAUCUAUACAAAUCCAGAGAAAAUUAUUCGCUUUAAACACUAUAUGAUUGACUUUAUUAUUACCUUCGUAAUAAACUUCGUUAUGGUAGAAUCUAACGUUUCAAUUGGUCAAUAGUUAAAAUCCUUCAUUCCUAUUGGCUGAUCGUAUUAAAUCGUGAUUGGACAAUUUCAAAAAAAUUAAUCAUUAAAAUUUGAAAUAAUUCCUU